GAAACAACGCUCCAACAUAAUGGUAGACGACAAUUCUCGAUAAUAAACAAACCAGGGUCUGCAACUUGAGAGGUGGGGACAGGGGCCGAGGCCCGUACCUGACCCGAUCAGAAGCCGCCCACAGAAUAGAAUGAGCGCAAUAGAAACGUUAUAUCCAAGGGUGGAAAGUGACACACGGGUCUGCAACAAAGGCGAGCGCCUCAGCUAUGCUAAUUGUGAGAGUAUAGUUGAAUCAGAGGCGUGUAUCGUAGUGAUGCCACUGGAUAACAGCCCCCAUAGCCUCUACUGCCUGCAGUUCUACAUACAGUAUCUGCACAAGCCUCAGAAUGUGGUCCAUGUCUGUUAUGUGGUGGAGGGGGAAAGGGACGAGGCACCCUCAGACGAAGGGGAGACGUCGAGCUGUUGCAAGAAGAAUCGUCAGAGAAAAGCCUCGAAGCCUAGAACCAAUGGGGUCAGUCUGGGGGUGCUCAAGGAACUGGAGGAGCAGGACAAGGAGAACUGUAACCGUUUGAAGGACAUGGUUGUCAGGGUAUUUACAGCGAACCAAGUCAUGCACGGGUUUAAAAGAAUCAUCACUGAGAGUGAUACCUGGUCUGCUAUUCUAGAUUUCAGGCGAGACGUGGAGGGGUCGCUGAUCGUGAUGGGCUCGCGGGGCCAGUCCACGCUCAAGAAAAGCAUCUUCGGGAGCGUCAGUGACAAAGUUCUCAAGCAUUCCAUGGUGCCGGUGCUGGUGAUCAAAGAACCUGUUUCCAACCGUCGGAGCAAAUCAGCGCGGGAUACAAUGAUCCACUGAAUCUAGAAUCAAGUUCACGUUGCUACAUUGCAGUCGUGUGGCCACCGUACGUGAAUCUGUUCUGCCAAAUGUAUUAAAUCUUGUCUGCCAAAUAAGAAACACGCCGACCAAAAAUGAAUUUGUUUUUUGCCAAAUACAGAUCUGAAAUAAUCUUGUCUGCCAAAUAGGAAAAGUGUUGGCCUAAAAGUAAGCUUAUAAA